CCUCGCAAUCCCCUCCGCUCCCCCGCCCCGCCACAAUUCCUCCCCAUCCUUCGCAAUUCUCGUGCCUCAUGUCUCUGUGCAGCUGCAAUUUGUCGACCUUCUGCGCUUGAAUCCUCGCACUACCGCCGCAGGCCACUAUGGCCCACUCUCUGCGCCAGUUUGGUGUGCUCGGGAGCUCCAGCCUUGCCUUGCCUGGCAGCAGCGGCAGUGAGAUUGCCGGGGAGAGAUUGAAAGCCCCGCGGGCGUCAGUGCACCUUGUGCCAACCCGGCGCGAAGCAUUGCAUUGUGUGGCUGAGUCGGUGGAGAGACAUGUGGAGCCUUUGCUGGUGAGGGCGGCUAGGCGGGAGAAAGUAGAGCGUGCCCCAGCAUGGAUGAUGAGGCAGGCGGGCCGGUACAUGGCUGUGUAUCGAAAGCUUGCGGAGAAGCAUCCCUCGUUUCGAGAGAGGUCUGAGAAUGUGGAUUUGAUAGUGGAGAUUUCCUUGCAGCCCUGGAAGGCGUUCCGACCUGAUGGAGUUAUAAUAUUUUCGGAUAUUCUGACACCUCUUCCGGCAAUUGGUAUCCCAUUUGAGAUUGACGAAGCGAAGGGGCCACUUCUUGAGACACCCAUUGUGUCUGAGGAGGGGUUGGAAGCUCUUCACCCCAUUGAUCUCGACAAGGUCAACUUUGUAGGGGAGUCCCUCAGCAUCUUGCGGGAAGAGGUGGGCGAUGGAGCAGCAGUGUUAGGGUUUGUAGGCUCACCAUGGACCUUGGCCACGUACAUUGUGGAAGGGAAGACCACCCGCACUUACACAAAGAUCAAGAGCAUGACACAUCAACAGCCAGAAUUGCUCAAGUCUAUUUUAUCCCAUUUGGCAAACGAGAUUGCUGAGUACGUUAUAUUCCAAGUCAAAGCUGGUGCACAAUGUAUACAGAUCUUUGACUCUUGGGGUGGGCAGCUUCCUCCUCACCAGUGGGAUCAGUGGUCGAAGCCCUAUAUUCAGCAGCUUGUGGCCAAGGUGAGAGACGCUUGCCCGGGGGUACCAUUGGUGAUGUACAUAAACGGGAACGGCGGCUUGCUCGAGAGGAUGGCUACAGUUGAUGUUGACGUUAUAGGACUUGAUUGGACUAUAGAUAUGGCAGACGGGCGAAGACGACUCGGGGACUCGAUAGCAGUGCAAGGCAAUGUGGACCCAGCUGUUCUCUUUGCCCCAUUACCUGCAAUUACUGAAGCGAUUGAAAGUGUGGUGAGCAAGGCGGGAACUAAUGGUCAUAUUCUUAACCUAGGUCACGGUGUCCUUGUGGGCACUCCUGAGGAAGGCGUGGCUCAUUUUUUUGACACUGCCCGUAGUCUCUCCUAUGAAUCUGCUGUACUUGCGACUUCAAGCUUGUCGUAGUGUUAGUGAGGUUAAGGCUGAGUGCAGUGGUGAUUGGAGCGAUGCGACUAGGUUAGUGCAAACUCAGGCCUAAACUCUACUAGUUGUUGAAUUUUCAUCUUCUUUGAGGAAUUACCUCCAUUAAUCACUAAAAAAUUAACCUUCACAAACACCUGUACAUAUAAUGUUAAUUAAUUCAAAGUUCUCAAAUCUUUAAACAAA